UACAAACUUGUACAAGCCAGAGACAAGUGACACAGGGAGGCGUGCGUUUCGUGUGUGUGUUCAUUUAUUUAUUUAUUUAUUUCCUUUUCAUUUUUUUUUUCACUUUAGCAUCAACACACACCUCGGUGAGUAAUGUCCUACCGGAAAAGUAUCCUCCUGACGGGGCUUAACGGCCGCUUCAGAAGACUGCCUAUGUCGCGCUCGAGCCGGGCGGAAACCGUGCUCCAUCACAAAGCGCUCGUGCAUUUCCGCGGCGAAGAGCACGCGCGGUCCGGCAGUGAGAUCCGGGUUGACUUUGAGCAGACUAAAGAGGCCUACAAGAGCAAAGGCAGUGCGGAGCUGCUCAGAGGUCUGCUCGUCUUUAAACUCUGCUCCUAUGACUUCCUGGUGGAUAAAAAUAAGGAGAUAAUGGACCUGUGUAAGAAGCUGAUGGGUCAGACACUGUUUGAGAAGCUGAUGAAAAUGACAUUCUACGGUCAGUUUGUGGCUGGAGAGGAUCACCAGUCCAUCAAACCGCUGAUUCAGAAGAACAGGGCCUUCGGAGUGGGAGCCGUGCUGGACUACAGCGUGGAGGAAGACCUCACGAAGGAAGAGGCUGAGACAAAAGAAAUGGAAUCAUGCGUGUCAGUGUCAGAAAAAGAAAACCCUGGCGAGGAUCUUCGGGAGAGGAAGUUCACAGCCCAUCGGAAGUUCGGUGAUCGCAGGGACGGCGUAACGAGCGCUCGCACGUAUUUCUACGCCGAUGAAGUCAAGUGUGACCAGCACAUGGAAACUUUUCUUAACUGCAUCAAGGCGUCAGGUGGAAGUUCUGAGGACGGUUUCUCCGCCAUUAAGAUGACCGCACUGGGACGCCCACAGUUCCUGCUGCAAUUUUCCGAGGUGCUGGUGAAGUGGAAACAUUUCUUCAGUUUCCUAGCGGCGCAGCAGGGGAACGGCAGCCGCGAGGUCCUGGAGCGGAAACUGGACCUCGAGCAGCUGCAGACUUUUCUGACAAAGUUGGGAGCCAAAGGCGACAUUCAUGGCUGGUUCACGAACGAGAAGCUGUGCUCAUCAGGCACCAUCGACAUGCUGGACUGGAACAGUCUGAUCGACGAGAGGACCAAGAUAUCCGAUCUUCUCAUGGUGCCCAACCUCGAGACAGGCCACCUGGAGCAUCUGCUGAAGAAAUUCACUGAGGAAGAGGAGAAGCAGAUGAAGAGGAUGCUUCAGAGACUCGAUGUUCUUGCCAAACAUGCGGUGGAGAACAGCGUGAGGCUGAUGGUGGAUGCAGAACAGACGUAUUUCCAACCCGCCAUCUCCCGCCUGACUUUGGAGAUGCAGCGCUUAUUUAACCGAGAAAAACCGGUCAUCUUCAACACCUACCAGUGUUACCUGAAGGAAGCCUAUGAGAACGUGUGUGUAGACAUCGAGCUGUCGAGGAGAGAAGGCUGGUGUUUCGGAGCUAAACUGGUACGGGGGGCGUACAUGCACCAAGAGAGGAGUCGAGCUCAGGAGGUCGGCUACGAAGAUCCCAUCAACCCGGACUACGAAUCCACGAGCCGGAUGUACCACAGGUGUUUGGACUACGUGCUGGAGGAGAUCGACAGGAACGGGAACGCUAGCGUCAUGGUGGCGUCACACAAUAUAGACACUGUGAAACACACGAUCCAGAGGAUGAAUGAAAUGGGACUCGUACCAGCUGACAGGAAGGUGUAUUUCGGUCAGCUGCUCGGCAUGUGUGACCAGAUCAGCUUUCCGUUAGGUCAGGCAGGCUUCCCGGUGUACAAGUACGUACCGUACGGCCCGGUGAACGAGGUGAUCCCGUACCUGUCUCGGCGUGCUCAGGAGAACCGAGGCAUGAUGAAGGGAGCAAAGAUGGAGCGAGAUCUACUGUGGAAAGAGCUUAUACGCAGACUCACCAGCGGAGAACUGUUCCACACACCCUCUCUGUAAAAGACACACACUCUUGCUGUGCUCUACUGAGGAGACGUCCUCUAUCUUUGCCUUUGUAAGUCAGAUACCUACAGAGCCACUGAAUAAACUCCAGCAUCUCCGGGGAUUUAGGCACAUCUGUUUUUUUUUUUUUUCCUUCACCUCCUCUCUAUCCUGCCUCAUUUUCUCCAUUUCACAGAGAGGAGGAUCAUAAAUUCUGUCUACGAAAAAAUAUAUAGCAAUAUACACAAACAACAAUAAUGUAUACGGAAUUUUUUUCGUUUUCCUAAUUGUUUUAUGGUUUAAAAGUCCAGAGCGCAGUUCAGAUUUAAUUCAGCGAUUCACUUCCUGGUUUACUUCUCGUUCUUCUUUUGAUAUUAAUCCCUCCGUCAUGUCGUCGUUGAUGGUGUCAGACUAAAUUUAGCGAUAUACCGGUACUCUACUUGGCACUGUGAAAUAAAUAAUAGUUCUAGGGAUGUGCUGUGGUAGGAAAAUAAUCGACAGUGGAGUGGCGUGGUUACAUUUGAAUUAUUUCGAAAAUAACGGCGUACAGUUCUGUGCAAAAGUUUUAGGCACUUAAAAUGGGUAUGCUUUCAGAAAUAGAAACACAAGCAGUUUAUAUUAAUCAAUUGACAAGGUAGAAAGUGUGUAAACAGAAGAAAAAUCUCGAUAUUUGCCGUGACCACUCUUGGUCUUUAAAAGUAGAUCAGUUCUCCUAGGUACGCUUGCACACAGUCAUGGAUUUGUAGGCUGUUAGUCCAGUGCAUGAUUAAACAGUUAUACCAAACAGGUGCUAAGGAUCAAUAAUAGAAUUUGUAGAUUGAAACACAAUCAUUACCUGAGACAGAAACAGCUGUGUAGGUGGAAUAAAACUGGGUGAGGAACAGCCAUGAUCUGCUAACAUGGUGAGGUUGCUGAAGAUCUAAAGUAGUAAUAAUAAUAAUAAUAAUAAUAAUAAUAAUAAUAAUAAACUAUGGUAAGACUGAGAACAGCAACAAGACCCAAGGUGGCCUUACUUCAUCAGCAAGAUCUCUCGCAGGCAGAAAUUUCAAGGCAGGCAGGUGUUUCCAGAUGUGCUGCCCAAACUCUUCUGCAGAAACAAAAAGAAACGGGGCGGCAGCGGUUGGCCAAGGAAACUCAGUGGAGCAGAUGAAAGACACCUCGUGCUGACAUCAACUAAACCGUGACAGAAACCAGCGGGACCCCUGGUACACCCAUUAACAGAUGUUUGUGGAAGUGCAUCAUGGCAUGAACAAGAAGGAUUUUUGAGGAUCUCAGAAAAAGUGUUGUUGAUGCUCAUCAGACUGGGGGGGAACCCCAAGUGGUCACACCAAAUAAUGAUUAGGUUGAAGUUUACACAGUUUGUAUGACGUUCAUUGAUAAAUACCAACAAUUAUAAUGCGUACUUUUUUUGAAAGCAUCCUCACUUUACUGCAUUUUGUCACAAAACUUUUGUACAGUACUGAACAUUUUAUCCGUCUAUAGUUACAUUUUAUGCUGUGGAUGUCGUGUGAAACAAUUUACUCCCUCUUAUCACUUACGUUACGGCAGUUUAAAAAAAAAAAAAAAAAAACAGUCGUUACCUCAACAGCAUAGUCACAUGUAGCUUUUCAUGUUACUACGCACUGACACUACUGAAAACUUCACCAUGUAGUUCUUAGAUUAUUACAGAAACUAUAACGUACUAGAACGUUCAAAACAAACCUGCUCGUAUAUCAAACGAAUGAACAACUUCUGACCAAUCACAAUUGAGAAUCCCUCAACACCGUGAUUAUGAUGUCAUGUAAACAUGUUACCGAGGCUGCCAUACGUCCUGGAGUAGCACGCUUACCAUAAGCACUAACACACUCUUUACAAGUACAGUUUUUUUUUUUGAAGAUGUACACUUUUAAGUCGCUCCCUCUCGUCGUCCCUCGAGUGAGUUCUUGUUCAUCUCAUCUUUCCCAACCUAAUUAUCUCACGCUUUCCCUCCUUCCUUCCUUCCUUCCUCUAUCCCCUUCUCUCCUCGUUUCUGCCUCAUUACUCUUUCCUGCUCCACUCCCUCUCCCUCAUCCAUCUCCCCGGCACCUUUAUGACGCUGAGAGGGCUCCCUAAAAUGUCAGAGCGCUCGAACGAGUAUUGCAGCUAACUUUUAUACGCUGCCAUCAUUCAUCAAGUGCGACAACAAUAAUCCAAAAAAAAAAAAAAAAAAAAACCCCAAAAAAAACCCCAGCACAACCUUGACAGCAAUAAAGAAGCCUGUCAGGAUUAUGCUGUUAAUAGUGGUUUCAAUUCAAGGAUAACGGCGCAUUGAGGUUCAGCACUGUAUUGAUCUACAAUAUAGGCCAAACAGAUGGAAGUAUUUUACAAAUAAGGCACUUUGUCAACAUCCAACGCCACAACAGCAAGUUUAACUAAAGACAUCUGUUCCAGAAUAUUCCUUUGGUGUUUAGUACCCUUCUCGAACAUAUCAUUGAUUAUGAUGGAUACUUGCGUGUCUGAUUUUCCUUUUUAUUAUAUAGGAGGUUUGACCAGGUUAAUGAUUAACGCUGCAAAAUCCUACACUUUAAACACACCAUUGUAGGAGAUGUCUAAUUAUAACCUGUAGUAUGUUUUGUCUUUUUUUUUUUUUUUUUCUUUCCUUUUUCAAUCAUAUUUUGAAAGUUAUUUUUGCUCUAAAAGAUUUGUUCUGUUGUGUAAAUGUACUUAUGUUUGACAUCGAUCUGUUCUCUCUUAAGAUUAUACGAUGCACAACUUCAUAAAUUCUUAACGUUUUGAUUAGUGAACCAAUGACUGAAUCAAGCAUGAAUUUUAAUCGGAAAUUAUUUUGAGGAGUGCGAGGACAUGCCUUCUAUAGUGAGACUGACCACUACAGAAACCAAACCCCCUUUACUGCGACUGACUGUUACAGAGGCCACGCCUCCUUCACUGAGACAGGCACAAAGGUCACACCCCCUUCACUAGGACUGACUGACAGAGUCCACACCUUCUUCUCUGGGACUGAUACAGAGGCCACACCUUCACCUUGGGGACUAAUACAGAGGCCACACCUUCUUCUGUGGGACUGAUACAGAGGCCACACCUUCUUCUCUGGGACUGAUACAGAGACCAUGCCUCUUCUGGGUGUAGAGGUCAAACCUCCUUCACUGAGGCCAGCUUAGGGGACACAUCUGCUUUACUGGGACAGGUAGACACAGACCAUGCCUCCUUCACUGGGAAUGAAAGGUAGAGAGGCUACACCUCCACUAAGGACAGACAAUUAUUUAGGCCACACCUCCUUUACUGAGCCUGAAAGGUGGAGAGGCUACACCUCUACUAAGGCCAGACAUUUAUAUAUGCCACACCUUCUUCGCUGAGAAAAUCAGUGAAUCCACACCUCCUUCACAUAGACAAGAAGAGAGGCUACAUCUUCUCCAUUGAGAGACAGUUAAAGGUCCCAUUAACAUGAAGGCCACACCCCUUUCACUUGACCGAAAGGUAAGGAGACAGCCCCUUCUCUGUAAUAAUCAUUACCGAGGCCACGCCCAUUUAUUGACACAAACACCGAGACCUCGCCUCUAUCACUGGGUCAAGCACAUGAGGACACGUUACUUUUAUGGGACCUAACAGUGACAGACACUAAGGCCACGCCUUCUUCACCUCUUUCAGAUUAAUGACACUUAACCUCUGUUUAAAAAGUUCUCCGAGUAAAAGACUUUUUAAAGUCUUUUUUAAAAGAAAGUGCUAAAAAUGUCUGCUUUGGUUUGUGUGACAAUAAAAAUGUUUAUUAUCAUAUUAUCACGAAA